AUGAUCCCAUGGCCCUCUUCUCCUUCCCUCUUUCCUUGCCUCCUUUUCCUUCUUUUAAUGGUGAUAUGUUGGAAGAGAUAUAAAGCCCGAGGUCCAAUCCUGAAGUUGCCGCCAGGGCCGAGGAAGCUUCCUCUUCUAGGAAACUUGCUUCAGUUGAUUGGCUCAGGCUCAAUACCACAUCGUUCCUUGAGAGAUAUAGCCAAGAAAUAUGGACCUGUUAUGCACCUAAAGUUGGGUGAGGUUUCCACUGUAAUCAUUUCAUCGCCAAAAGCAGCUAGCGAGGUGAUGAAGACUCAUGAUCUUUCUUUCGCAGAAAGGCCUAGCGUUCUUGCUUCUGAAGUUAUCCCAUUUGCUCAUUCAGGUUUUUUUGCCUGUCCCUUUAACGAUUACUACAGGAAAAUGAGAAAGAUUUGUACCCAGGAACUCCUGGGUGCUCAACGCAACCACUUAUUUAGAUCACUAAGAGAAAAAGAGGUGUGGAAUCUUAUCGAAUCCAUUUCCUCGUCUCAGGGACUUCCCAUUAAUCUCAGCGAGAAGUUAUUGUCCAUGACAAUUUCGAGGGCAGCAUUUGGAGAAAAGUGCAAGAGUCAAAAUGAAUACAUAUUACUGAUUAAGGAAAUGAUGGCGAUUUCUUCUGGCUUUAAUGUUGCUGAUUUGUUCCCUUCACUUAGAUUUCUUGGUUUCAUCAGUGGGUUAAAGCCUGCCUUGAAGAGAGUGUACCUAAGGAUUGACAAAAUUCUACAGGAAAUAAUCGAUGAUCAUAAGAUGGAGAUGAUGACUAUUGGGACUAGCAAAGACUUCCCAGGUAAGGAAGAUCUUAUUCAUGUGCUUCUAAAAGUUCGGGAGUCGAGUGAACUCAAACUGGAUAUAACAGCCGAACACAUUAAAGGAGUCAGUAUGUUCAAUCUUUUUCAGGACAUCUACAUUGGAGCAGGUGAGAGUUCAGCAACUACCUUAGAAUGGGCAAUGUCUGAGCUGAUAAGAAACCCAAGAGUAAUGGAGAAGGCACAAGCUGAAGUGCGACAGGUCCUGAGAGGGAAGAGGGCAGUGGAAGAGACAGACAUCCAGCAGUUAGAUUACGUGAAAUCAGUCAUUAAAGAAACUUUAAGAUUGCAUCCUCCUGUUCCCUUAUUAAUAAGAGAAUGCAAGGAGAGAUGUAAAAUAAGUGCAUAUGACAUACCAAUAAAGACGAAAGUCAUCAUUAAUGUGGCGGCAAUAGGGAGAGACCCAGAAUCUUGGAUCAAUGCUGAUUGCUUUCAGCCAGAGAGGUUCCAGGGUUCUUCUGUUGAUUUUAUAGGAACAGACUUUGAAUUUAUUCCCUUCGGGGCUGGAAGGAGGAUGUGUCCUGGCUUACCAUUCGGUGCUGCAACUGUUGAGUUUGCACUUGCUCAAUUGCUCUACCACUUUGACUGGAAACCUCCAAAUGGGAUAAAACCAGAAGAACUUGACAUGACCGAGGCUUUUGGAGCAGUCUGUAGGAGAAGGAAUGAUUUGUACUUGAUCGCCACCCCUCGUACUCCUUUCCUUAUUGAGACAUAGUGUGGUAGAAAUUAAUAAACUUUUAUGCUCCUUUGAAUGUCA